CCAACGACUGCACGCCCGUCGAGCUCGACAGCCUUCCAUCAUGAGCUUCCAAGAUAUUGAGGCUGGUAAUGGCCUUCCCAAUCGCUCAACAGCGAGAAAUGCACCACAAUCCAGCGAAGAUGCAGAAUUCCAGAAACUCCAGUCGUCAUUGUCACUCCAGGUGUUCAAGAUGAAUGCGAACGUUCAGGGCAUCCUGAAAUACGUUGACCAGCUUGGGACUCCUAAAGACAAUGCAACUCUCAGGAAAACGCUACAUGACCUCACGGAAUCGACACGCGCAAUGGCGAAACGGAGUUCAGAAGACCUGAAACGCCUUUCAGCACUACAAUCGGGGCUGCCUCACCAGAAGACUGCGCUCCAAAAGACCUCCCAUGACCUCCAAAUGUCUUUAGUCGCGUUCCAGCGGGCACAGCAAGUCAGUGCAGAACGGCAGAGGACUGUUGUACAGGGAGUGAGACUGGCAGUGGAGGACGAUUCGUCGACGCGAGAUGAACCCGAACCCUCUUCUCAAACUCAGCGGCAGGCACAGAUACUACAAGCCCAAUUGUCGCCCCAUGAACUCGCCUACCAGGAAUCUCUCAUUCAGGAACGCGAAGAGGAAAUCCGAGAAAUAGAAACUGGUAUUCACGAACUGGCGGAGAUUUUCCACGACUUGGGCACGCUUGUCAACCAGCAGGGUGGAAUGCUUGACAACAUUGAGAUGAACAUUUCGUCAGUCGCUGCUGACACGGGGGCAGCUUCUGAAGAAUUGAGGACGGCACAUGAAUAUCAAAGAAGGGCAGGGCGGCGUGCUGCAUGCUUGUUGCUAAUUCUUUCGGUAGUGGUUGCAGUUGUAUUGCUUGCGAUCUUAUCAUGAUCAUCGCGGCGAUAUAUUGGAUACCGGGAUACCCCUUGCGUUCCUUG